UGACUUCUUUAUUUUCUGCAAUGCUGACCAGUCAUGGAAGCCGGCUCCCUGGUCUCCUUGAUAGGAAACCAUCUCUGGCAGCCAAUGUGCCCAGGCUUGGAUAUAGUUCCUCAUCCGAUCACAAGUACAUUCCCCGGAGGGCGGUGCUCUAUGUACCUGGAAAUGAUGAAAAGAAGAUAAAGAAGAUUCCAUCCCUGAAUGUAGACUGUGCGGUGCUUGACUGUGAGGAUGGUGUGGCUAUGAACAAAAAGAAUGAAGCUCGAUUAAGAAUAGUAAAAACUCUCGAAGACUUUGAUCUGGGCCCAACUGAAAAGUGUGUGAGAAUCAACUCAGUGUCCAGUGGUCUGGCUGAAGAAGACCUGGAGACCCUCCUGCAAUCCCAGGUCCUUCCUUCCAGCCUAAUGCUACCGAAGGUGGAAGGUCCUGAGGAAAUCCAGUGGUUUUCAGACAAAUUUUCAUUCUACUUAAAAGGCCGAAAACUUGAACAACCUAUGAAUUUAAUCCCUUUUGUGGAAACUGCAAUGGGUUUGCUCAAUUUUAAGGCAGUGUGCGAGGAAGCAGCCAAGACCGGGCCUAGAGUGGGCCUCUCUCUAGAUGCUGUUGUUUUUGGAGGAGAAGACUUUCGAGCCAGCAUAGGUGCAACAAGUAGUAAAGACACCCAAGAUAUCCUCUACGCCCGACAAAAGAUUAUUGUCGUAGCGAAGGCCUUUGGUAUCCAGGCCAUAGACCUGGUGUACAUCGAUUUUCAAGACAAAGAGGGGCUUCUCAGGCAGGCGAGAGAAGGCGCUACGAUGGGAUUUACUGGUAAGCAGGUGAUCCACCCUAACCAAAUUGCAAUCGUCCAGGAGCAGUUUUCUCCUUCCCUUGAAAAAAUUAAGUGGGCUGAAGAACUGAUCGCCGCCUUUAAAGAACAUCAACAAUUAGGAAAGGGAGCCUUUACGUUCCAAGGGAGUAUGAUCGACAUGCCAUUACUGAAGCAAGCCCAGAACAUUGUUACGCUUGCCACAUCCAUCAAAGAAAAAUGAUCUGCUAAAUCAAGCUCUCAUCAGACAGGCACUGAAGCAGCCCUGGAGGAUUAUGCAGUACCGAUUGCUGGCUGAGGGGGGCUCCAUUCACAGAGAAAAAGGACAAUGUGAGUGUGUCUCCCGGAGCUGUUGGAAUAUUGGCCCUUUUAGUGGACUUGCUCAAGGUCACGCAGCUUUCAUAACCAAAUCGACAAAGUCUCAAAACUGAAGCACUAAACCACACAGCUCCACAUCUGAGAACGCCUCAGAUUUACGGUUUCACAUUAAGCUCCCCACUACGGAAGCUCCAAAUGAGUUUUUUGAAACAAUGAGAAAAUAGCUGAAGCCUGUUUUUCAACAACUGGCUCCCUCAGAGACAGCUUCUGACCUGGGCAAAGAUAUUAGAGCUCAUCACAAUUCAAACAACUAGGCAUCAAACGCAGCCAGGAAGUUCUGCCACCAGGCAAAUACCACCCCGCAGUCGGCUUGCAGGGCCCCAGCCCCUGUUGAUUCCCAGACUGAACAGUCCCUCAAACAUAUUGCAGGACUGUCCACAGUGGAUGGGUCUAAGUGGCUGGAGAAUGUCUUGGGCUCUCUAAGGAAAGGAAUCCUAGUGGAAGGGUGAAGGAAAAGGACCUAGAUCUCAAGGACAGAGGCGCUCCCCAAGCUGUGUUCACUCUCUGGCCUCCCCUUGGCUCUGGCCUUGCUCCUGUGGCCCCAUCCUCCAUGGUCUCCAUCGCUCUGUAUUAUCGCUCACUCUGUCUCCUCCCUCGGUCUGCUGUGUUCUGCUUCCACUUCCCCUUUCCUGUUUCUUAUUAUUUUACCUCCCUCCCUCUCCUCACAAUUCCAAAAGCAAAAUUAAC